UACCAAGCAUGCAGUUCACCAAGGACACGUACACGGUGAAGGAGAAGGAGGGUACUCUGCACAUCCCCAUCUUCCGCACCGGGGACCUGAGCUACGAGUCCUCUGUCAGGUGCUACACGCAGAGCCAGACAGCAGAGGUCAUAGAGGACUUUGCGGAGAGGAGAAACGCCGAGGAGUCUCGCAUCACUUUCUUGAAAGGGGAGAAGGUGAAGAACUGCAGCGUUUAUAUCAGCGAUGACUCUGCCUUUGAACCAGAGGAGCAGUUCCAGGUCCAUCUCGGCAGCCCGCUUGGAAACCAUUGGAGCGGAGCUAGGAUUGGGAAGAUGGACACGGCGACCGUAACCAUCACCAACGACGAAGAUGCACCCACCAUCGAGUUUGAAGAAGCUGCGUACCAAGUACGGGAGCCACCUGGCCCGGAGGGUGUUGCCGUUAUAAAUAUCAAGGUGGUCCGGAGAGGAGAUCAGAACAGGACCUCCAAAGUCCGCUGUAGCACCCGCGAUGGCUCGGCGCAGGCCGGAGUGGAUUACUAUCCCAAGAGUCGAAUGCUCAAAUUCAGCCCAGGCGUGAACCACGUCAUGUUUAAGGUGGAGAUCAUGUCCAAUGAAGACCGGGAGUGGCACGAGUCCUUUUCUCUGGUGCUGGGUCCGGACGAUCCGGUGGAAGCUGUCCUUGGAGAUACCAGCACUGCAGUAGUGACUAUUUUGGAUCAGGAGGCAGCAGGGAGCCUGAUUCUACCGGCACCCCCGGUGGUUGUCACCCUGGCUGAUUACGACCGGGUGGAAGAAGUGACCAAGGACGGUGCUAAGAGAUCCCCUUCCCCGGGCUACCCGCUCAUCUGCGUCACUCCUUGUGACCCUCACUUCCCCAAGUACGCGGUCAUGCAGGAACGCUGCGGCGAGGCUGGGAUCAACCAGUCUUCGAUACGGUUCAGCUGGGAAGUAGCAACCCCCACGGACGGGAACGGAGCCAGGUCGCCUUUUGAAACCAUCACUGACAACACACCGUUCACUAGCGUCAACCAUAAGGCGCAGUCGUUCAUUGCCACCCUGAAGUACCUGGACGUCAAGCACAAGGAGCAUCCCAACAGAAUCCACAUCUCGGUGCAGAUCCCCCAUCAGGACGGCAUGCUGCCCCUCAUCUCCACCCUCCCGCUGCACAACCUGCAUUUCCUUCUCUCCGAGUCUAUCUACAGGCACCAGCACGUCUGCUCAAACCUGGUCGCCGUCAGAGACCUCAGAGGUGUCUCAGAGGCAGGCUUUCUGGAUGAGGUCACCUACGACAGCAUCGUCCUCGGUCCUGGCUACGACCGCCCUUACCAGUUUGACCCCGCGGUGAGGGAGCCGAAGACGAUCCAGCUCUAUAAGCACCUCAACCUCAAGAGCUGCAUUUGGACUUUUGACGCUUACUACGACAUGACUGAGUUAAUCGACGUCUGCGGAGGCUCCGUCACCGCUGACUUCCAGGUACGGGACUCUGCUCAGUCCUUCUUAACAGUCCACGUCCCGCUCUACGUGUCCUACAUUUACGUGACGGCGCCGAGAGGUUGGGCUUCUCUCGAGCAUCACACGGAGAUGGAGUUCUCUUUUUUCUACGAUACCGUUCUCUGGAGGACGGGGAUUCAGACCGACAGCGUUCUCUCGGCCCGGCUGCAGAUAAUCAGGAUCUACAUCCGCGAGGACGGCCGGCUGGUUAUCGAGUUCAAGACGCAGGCCAAGUUCAGAGGGCUUUUCGUGAUGGAGCACCACAGCCUGCCGGACGUCAAGUCCUUCUUAAUGACUCCGGACCACCUGGGAGGGAUCGAAUUUGACCUGCAGCUGCUGUGGAGCGCUCAGACUUUCGACUCUCCCUACCAGCUCUGGAGAGCGACCAGCUCCUAUAACAGGAAGGAUUACUCUGGAGAGUACACCAUCUUCCUAGUCCCCUGUACUGUGCAGCCCACGCAGCCGUGGAUGGAGCCUGGAGACAAGCCCCUGCCCUGCACGGCUCACGCUCCCGAGCGAUUUUUGAUCCCGAUUGCCUUCCAGCAGACAAACCGCCCGGUUCCCGUCGUCUACUCCCUAAACACGGAGUUUCAGCUCUGUAACAACGAGAAGGUGUUUCUGAUGGACCCCACCAAAUCCGAAAUGUCUCUGGCAGAAAUGGAUUACAAAGGGGCUUUUUCGAAGGGGCAAAUCCUGUACGGCCGUGUGCUCUGGAACCCCGAACAAAACCUAAAUGCCGCUUACAAACUGCAGUUGGAAAAAGUCUAUCUGUGUACGGGCAAGGACGGCUACGUGCCUUUCUUCGACCCAACGGGCACCGUCUAUAACGAGGGGCCCCAGUACGGCUGUAUUCAACCCAACAAGCACCUGAAACACCGAUUUCUCCUCUUGGACCGGAACCAACCAGAAGUGACGGAUAAGUAUUUCCACGACGUGCCUUUUGAUGCCCACUUUGCCUCCGAGCUGUCCGAGUUUCACUCGGUAAGCAGCAUGCCCGGAGUCGAUGGAUUUACUCUCAAGGUGGAUGCUCUCUACAAGGUGGAAGCCGGACACCAGUGGUACCUGCAGGUCAUCUACGUAAUUGGCCCAGAGAGCAUGGCAGGACCUCGCGUCCAGCGCUCCCUCGCUCGCCGCUGGAAACGCGGCCGCAGGGACUUGGUCGAUAGCGACGGGAGGCUGACGCUGGACGACUCCUUAAUCUACGACAACGAAGGCGACCAGAUCAAGAACGGCACCAAUAUGAAGUCGCUGAUCUUGGAGAGGGAGGAAGCCGCCGUCGCGGCCUCUUUAUCUCAAACGGGCGCUUCGCUGGGGAGCGCCUUCGCUGCCGUCACCCUGCUGCUGCUGGUGCUUUCCGGAGUUUGUCUCCUCACCAGGAAAUGUCGGAAGCUGCGGAGGAAACGAGAGGCUGCCAGAGCCGCCCCCGAGGAGCAUCCCCUGAACACCAAGGUGGAGCUGCCCAGGGGUACGGAGAAGGCGCUGGACGGCCGGUACUGCACCGUGAGGAAUAUCAAUGUCUUGAGGGAAACCGGGGGCAGCUGCGAGGGCAGAGGCAGGAAGGUGAAGCAGGUGAACUUGGAAGUCAAAGUCCACAGCAAUUUGCACGACGGAACAGAAGUUUAA